CCUUGAAUCGCUGAGAAAUUUUGGAUUCCCAAAUAUCUGUGACUAUUGACAAAACUAAACAACAAUUUUAGCGGAUUUAAAUUUUAUUGAAAUCAAUCUUUUUUUACCUGUUAACUCCUAAAAUAUCAUAUCUUUAUCCAGUGUUUACCCAAUUGAUAGCAUCUUUAACCAAUCUCAACCUUAUUUCAAUCUCAAUCUCUUCCCAUCAUUUUACCAACAACCAACCAUCCAUAGUUUAGUGUUAUCAUUAUUCAAUUUUCAGUGUAAUCUCUCCGUGUUUCCAGAUUAACAUCAACAAUAUCUCUGUUUAAUCAACAGUCAGUGAUUAUUAAAUUGUAAUCUUCAUCUUCACUUCCAUCAUCUUUAGGCAAUCUCUUCCUAGUAAUUCACAUUAAAUCAUAAUGCCUGGAAAACAAGACGAUAAAGAUGUCGAGAAAGGUCACCCAGAUGCUGAGAAGCAAGGCGAUGAGGAUCCAGAUAAACCUAAACCCUCUCAACAUGUACAGAUUGCCCAGAAAAGGAUGCAACAAACUCAAGCUCAGGUUGAUGAGGUUACAGAGAUAAUGAGGAUGAAUGUAGAGAAAGUAUUGGAACGUGAUGCCAUGAUAUCACAAUUAGAUGAAAGAGCCGAUGCUCUUAAAGAAGGUGCCGAAAUGUUUGAGAAACAAGCUGGAGCCCUUAAAUCCAAAUAUUGGUGGAAAAAUGCUAAAAUGAUUGCCGUUAUGGUUGGUGUUGGUUUGGUCUUUGUCCUGGUUAUAUUUGCCUGGUUCUCUGGAAAUUAAAUUACCAUCACCCACCUCCACCAACCACCACCACCAACCACCAGCAACAUCACCAUCACCACCAUUUUAACCUCGUAUUCCGUAAAAUUUUGAAACCAAAGAUAAACCAAAACAAAAAAACCUAAAUGAUACCAAACAAGAAAGACAAGCGAAACAUCGCCAGUUUUUGGGACAGAAGGAGAUGAAUUGAGAGUGAAUCCACCAAAAUGUCAAACAAAUACACACCAUUAUGAUAGAUGCAGUUACAGAAUUUAAAAAUAUAUUAUAAAUAAAACGAGAAGUGAUCAUCAUUCAUGAAACAUCAAUAUCAUAAUCAGCAAGAAAGUCAUCACUUUGAUCAUUCCAAAAAUAUUAAGCUCUUUUAGCUCAACAAUUUAAUUUGCUGUUACUCCUUGGGAAGAUGAAGAUUGUCGAAUCGUCCAGAAUGUUUAUUCCUGUUCAUGUUUUCGUUGAUCGUCAUCAUCAUCCAUUGUUUGAUGGCAACAGCAAGAAAUCAGCAAACAAUUUGAUGAUGAAGUUUAAAAUGAUUGAAAACAAAGAUCCAAAUCACUGCAACACCUUCAAGAUGAUUGGAUUUAACCACAAAAAAAUGUUAUAUAACAUUAACCCAAGCACAUUACAUCAAGACAUUCGGCUUCACCAUAAUUUGUCUUCACCAUUCCAUCAUUUGAAUCACCUUUCCAUCAUCUUCUCCGUUUUAUUGGCUUUGUUUUACUAUCAUCUUCUUCAUCUUUCAAGAGUUUUAAUGAACCCGAAAAAUUUUAAUUAGUGGUUAAAUGAAGUUGUAUUAUCUUACCUUGUGACAAUUGUUUUACUGGAUUAAGGAUUGAAAUCUUUGAAUCUCCAUUUUUGAAAAGCAAACAAAAAGUGUCUCGCAAUCGUGAAAAAAAGAUUGAAUAGUUUACAGGUUAAAUAAAAUGUUAUAAAAAUGAUUCCUUUUGAUUAAAUCCUAUUCCUUGAGUAACAAAAUCAAAACAAUCCUCUAAUUUUCCCAUGAUAUUACUCAUAUUAUCACUCCAUGUCAAUCUCUCUGAGUAACAAAACCUCUUCCUAUUUGCACUCUUGUCAACUAUUAUGUUUUAAUUUUCAAUUCCUGGGGAAAAAAUGUUUUGUUUGCAAUGAGAAAUGCAUUGAAAUCGCAAAUCCAUUAUUCACAAUCAACAAAAAUGAACAUAUACACCAGAUUUGAUUGUAUUUACAAUGUUAAUUGUUGCAAACAAACAAAACUCAACAAAUUUUCUGGCUUGAAGUAAAUAACUAACUAAAUUGAAAAUACAAACAACAUAACAAAUUUUAAUUUUGUUUCCCUCCGUACAAAAAAA